CUGACAUGUACUUUCUUUCAGAGAAGCGGAGGACAGGCCAGGAAGGCAUCGCUCGCCGACUCCGUGGCGGCGGUCUCCGAGGCCAACAUGUUAGCGGUGGCGACCGCCACCGACAUCGACCAAGACAAGUUCAUGGACGUGGGCAGCCGUCUCCAGCGCGUGCCCCCGCCCACAACAAUGGAGCUGCAGGAUUCCUCGACUGAUGCGAUGCACGUAGUCGUCGAGUAUCUGGCCGCCAACGUCGACCUCGCCAAGGACCUCGUCGCCAGGUGCAGCGCCGUCGCGCAGCAGCUCAUGGACGAGGACCUCCAGAGCAUAACCGAGGACCUUGACAACGUGAUAAAGAACAUCGGGCAUGAGCUCAGCAAGAUACCUGCUUCAGCAUUUGGGAGCAACAGGUCUGCACACGCAACAGCGGGCACAGACCGUCAAGUUACCGGAAAUGGCCAUCAUCCUUAUGAUCAGCGUUCCUGUGAUGCAUAUUCAGAGACUGAUUUGCCGAUAGUUGUAGCAAAUGAGAAGCCCAAGAGGAGAGCGCUGCAUGAUGGGGACAUGCCAAGGUUGGUGGACUUCCUGCAGGGAAUGUAUCAUGAGUCCCAUGAGUUCGGUGGGCAGUCGUUCAGUUCUCUCCCUGAAGUCGCAGAAUAUGUCGAGCCACUGUAUGACUCAUUCUUCUGUCCGCUGACAAAUAAGGUCAUGGUUGAUCCGGUGACAACAGAAAGCGGUGUGGCGUAUGACAGGAGAACCAUUGAGGAGUACUUUGAGAAGUUUACGGAUGAUUCUGAACCUGUGAUCUGCCCAGUCACAAAAAUUGCAAUGCAAAGCAAGACACUGAGGAGUAACCUUCCGCUGAAGAGCACAAUCGCGGAAUGGAUCAUGAGGAAUGAAGCAACAAGGAUCAGGAUCGCGCGUACUGCGCUCUCACUGGCAAGCACAGAGGCUAUGGUACUUGAGGCGAUACAUGAGCUGAAACUGCUCGCCAGUACGAGGAGGAAAAACAGGGAGCAGAUGCAUAAGAUUGGCAUCACCAAGUUCCUUGCACGGCUGUUGGAGCACAAGGAUGCACUGAUACGCUGCGACUCGCUAGAGCUCCUCUGCCUGUUGGUCAAGGGUGACACAGGAAAGGAAAUCAUAGCAAAGACCAGAGCCGUUUCAAGGACAAUAAAGCUGCUUUCUAGUAGCAAUCCUGAUGAAAGACAUGCGGCCAUCUCUUUCUUGGUAGAGCUUUCAAAAUCAGAGUUACUGUUAGAAAACAUCGGGUCAACUGCUGGAAGCAUACUAAUUCUCACCACGAUGAAAUUCAACGACUCCGAUGAUCCAAUUGCUGCAGAGAAGGCUGGAGAGGUUCUCACGAAUCUGGAGAAAUGCCCAAAAAAUAUCAAGUACAUGGCUGAAAGUGGCUACCUAGACCCUCUUCAAAGGCAUCUCGUUGAAGGAUCUGAAGAUGUUCAGAUGGAGAUGGUGGUGUACCUCGGGGAACUAGUUCAGAAGCAGGAGAUGACCAUCAACAUCGCUGGGAGCGCAUCGGAGAUACUUAUCAAGAUGGUCCACAACGGAAACUCUAGUAUCUGCAAGGCGGCACUUGAUGUCCUAGUUCAAAUCUCUUCUCACCGCCCCAACGGCAAGACACUCGUGGAUGCAGGUGCUGUUCCGGUCAUGGUCGAGGCGCUGUUCAUUCGAAAGAUUGACGAUGAACCCAUGGGGUACAAGACUGAGGCUGCAGCAGUGCUCGCCAACAUUGUCAAAUCCGGCAUGAACCCUGACGUCAUUGUUGUCAACAAGGAAGGUCAUGUUAUCACGUCCAAGUACUCGGUUUACAACUUUGCACACAUGCUCAAGUCCUCCAUGCCUGAUGACCUCAACCUCAACAUCGUGCACGUGCUGCUCGCACUCACUGCACUCCCUAAGCCGCUAUCCACGGUGGUAUCAGUCAUGAAGGAGCAAGGCAGCAGCCAGACUGUGAUUGAGUUCAUGACUUCACCUAGCGAAGCACUUGGCAUUGCCGCGACAAAGCUGCUCAUUGCGUUGUCCCCACAUAUGGGGCACACCAUUGCUGAGAAGCUCUGCAAGGCGCCUGGGCAGCUGAACAGGCUAAUCAAAAGCAUAGGCCAGUUGGGGCGGAUCACAGAGCGGCACGCUGUUUCUGCGACACUCCUGUCAAAGCUACCCUAUCAGCAUCUAACACUGAACCUCGCGCUGCUGCAACGGGGCACUGUGCCGACCAUGCUAAGCAAGAUAGAGGAGAUGCAGCGUGGUGGGGUGCGGGCGAGCCGCCAUGCGAAGCCGUAUUUGGAGGGUCUUGUGGGCAUACUCGUCCGGCUAACGACAACAUUACAUGAUCCCGACGUGCUCCUGUCAGCCAUGGACCACAACUUCACCUCAGUGCUCACAGGUCUCCUCGUGCGGCCGUCAGGCAGUGAUGAGGUGCAGCAGCUCGCAGCCGUCGGCCUCGAGAACCUCAGCCACCAGUCGUUGAUCCUCGCGCAGCAACUGCCCGAAGAACAAAGCCCCAAGAAGAAGAACAUCCUCAGGCGCCUGCGCACUGGCCGGGUCUAUGACAACCAGAAACCACCUGCGCAUGGCCGCCUCUGCCCUGUCCACCGUGGUGCGUGCUCUCCGAACACCACGUUUUGCCUGGUGGAGUCUGGCGCGGUCGAGUGCCUCCUUGGUGUCCUGGAGAGCAACGAGAACGGCCGCGUGGUCGACUCCGCGCUGGGCGCGCUCUGCACGCUCCUGGACGGCGACGUGGACGUGGUGGGCGGCGUGGCCGUGCUUGCUGAGCAGGACGCUGCACGGCACGUGCUGAGGGCGCUGCGGCAGCACCGCAAUGAUGAGCAAGACAACGGUGCGGUGCUACGACGGUGCUUCUGGACCCUGGAGAGAUUCCUGGAGCACGGCAGCGACCGAUGCGUCAAGGAGGUAAGCUCGGACCGCGCCCUGCCGAGCGUGCUGGUGGGCGCCUUCCACAAGGGCGACACUGCCACCAAGCAGGCCGCGGAGAGCGUGCUCCGGCGCCUGCACCGCAUACCGGACUACUCCACAACCUACGACUCCGUCGAGAUGUAGCGUACAUCCUUCUUUUGUUCUGUCUUGACUUGCCGUCAUGGGUUUGUAUCUUCCAUUAGCUGGUGCGUUGUUUGAUGUAACUAGAUUACAGAGAGAAAGAAAGAGGUAAAAAGAAUUCUGCAGAUGGAAUGUAACUAAAGAGUGAUAGCUGUGUAUGAUAUGUAAUUGUGUACAGUCUUUGGUUCUUGUUUUUCUUCUUAGGGUGUAAUUCAGGUAGGCUAUAGCAAAUAUUCUUUAACAAAAGUUUGUCUUGGCUGGUUGGUGAGGUUCUGAUCAGGAAA